GGCCGACGGAGCCGACGAGGGGAGUAGGCUGGCUGGGCCCCCAGUGGGGGCCGCCGUGGCCCUGGGCGAAAAUGCAGGAAGGAGAUCUAGUUGCCAAAAUGCUUCGAGCUGUUCUCCAGUCCCAUAAAGAAGGAGUACCCUUUUCUCAUUUGCAAGGAGAAUAUAAAUCUUUAACUGGAGACUGGAUUCCUUUUAAACUGCUGGGGCAUCCUUCUUUGGAAGCGUACCUAAAAAGCAUUCCUGGAGUUGUCAGGAUUGAAACUGGUAGAACUGGGGAGGUCAUUUGCCAUGCUGUGGCUUGCCAGGAGACUGCAAGGAUUGCUCAGCUCGUAGCCCGCCAGAGGACUUCCAGGAAAAAGACAGGGCGGCAAGUGAAUUGCAGGAUGAGGCUGAAAAGAAGUUCUCCCGUUGCCUUCGUGGGCAAACCGAAAUGUACUCUGAGGAAGCCUGGAUUUAUGAAUCCAGGUGAAGAUAGCGAGAGGCCUAUGCUCCCGCAAAGCAGGGGGAGCCAUGGCGUCAUUAGACCUAGUAUGAGUGGCACACCAUACCCUCUGUCCCCAGCACUGAGGAGCUCUGAACCAAGAGAAGUCUUAAUACAAGGACACAUGACGGUGAUGAACAGACCUGAAAAAAGACUAGUCCUUCCGCCGCAAUUUCAGAAGGAGCUUCAGGUGCAUCUGUCAAGAAACCUGUGUGACUUGAACGUAAAUACAAACGCAAACGAAAUAAGGCGAGUAAUACAGGCUGUUCCUGCUUGUCCAAGUAUCAACAUAAUUGAGAUUCAGAAAAGAAUUAAAGAAAUAUUGAACAGAUUCAGCAGUGGCGUAUGGCUAUCGAAGAUACCGCAUCUGUACAGAGAGCUGUAUAAGGAGGACUUCAAUCCAGCCUUGCUGCCCCAGUUAGAAUACUGGCCUCACGUUUGUGUAGCACAGGUGGUGUGGUCUGGAGGCCAGAGGAAUGUCCUUCUCUUUCCCGCACCUAAAACACCUCUUCCAGCAAAGGGUAUCUCAAGCCAGGAAGGAAAGUCUCAGUCCUUGUUAAUCGAAGCGCCUGCGCACAACAAGGGUGCCGCCGUGUCCCACGGGGACUUCAAGCAAAAAAUUGCAGCCAUUCUGUUAAACUAUUCUAGCGGUCUUUGGGCUAACGCGCUCCCAAAGGUGUAUGAAGACACCUACAAAGCAACGUUUCCCCAAGACGUCCUGAGCCAUCUUGACUCCCUGUCAGAUGUCUGCAGUAUAGACUAUGUCUCCGGCAACCCUAAAAAGGCAAUCCUCUAUGCAAAAUCAAAACAGAGCGCCGAGAAUCCGAAUGUGACUGGCAAAAGCCAUGUACACGAAGACCUGAAGCGAAUGGCGGAGCAAGAGGCUUCUGCGAUAGCCCAGGAAGCCCAAGAGGAGAGUUUGGAAAAUAUAACCGUGCCACCUUUAAUUGUCCCAUCAGAAACAUCAGCGUCAGUGUUGGUAGUGGAACUGGACAAUACAAAUGAAGUUGUCAUCAGGUACGUAGGCAAGGAAUAUUCUGCUGCCCAGGAAUUAAUGGAAGAUGAGAUGAAGGAUUACUACAGCCAGCAGAACUCCUCAGUUCUUCCUAUACAGUCACUUAAAGUUGGUCAGCUCGUUGCUGUUCCUGCAGUAGAAGAUGCUUGGCUGCGGGCAAAGAUAAUUGCAGUCGAAGGCAAUAGAAUAAAGGUGUGCUAUGUUGAUUAUGGCUUCAAUGAAAGCAUCGAAAAUACCAAAGUGUACAGACUAGUGAAGCAGUUCUAUUCGCUGCCUUUCCAGGCUUCGAAAUGUAAACUGGCAGGGAUGGAGGCCUUCUGCGAUGACCCCGUCUUGGUGAAAACGGUGGAGUCUCAAGCCUGUGGCAAAAUAUUUGCCGUUGAGAUACUGGAGAAAACCGACAUUCCUCUUGUUGUCCUUUAUGACACUUCAGGGGAUGAUGACGUCAACAUUAAUGCUACUUGCCUGAAGGUGCUUUGUGACAAAUCUCUGGAGCUUCAUCUCCAGAUGAAUGCGAUCUAUACAAAUGUUCGAGUAACCAAUGUAUGUUCAGAUGGGACUUUAUACUGCCAGGUGCCAUCAAAGGGCCUGACCAAGCUCUCAGAGUGCUUGCAGAAACUGGAAAGCUAUUUCCACCACAAGCAGGCAGCAGAAGGCUCGGUGUCAUUACCUUACUGUGGCAAGAUCUGCUUGUUUAACUCUAAAGGAAAAUGGGCACGAGUAGAGAUAACAAGUGUUCAUAGCAGUCGGGCUCUUGAUGUGCAGUUUAUGGACACUGGAACGGUAGCAUCUGUCAAAGUAGCAGAGUUGAGAGAGGUUCCCCCGACAUUUCUGCGAGAAGUCAUUGCCAUACCACCUCAGGCGACAAAAUGCUGCUUAGCCGACCUUCCCCUUCAUACUAGGAUGUGGACUCCAGAUGCUGUACUUUGGCUGAGAGAUACAGUGUUAAACUGUCCCGACUGCAGCAUUAAGGUUGUGGAACUGGACGAGUCCCAUAGAAUUGCACACAUCUAUUUAUUCACACCAAAGAACUUCCCAGACCCAGAUCGGAGCAUAAAUAGGCAGAUCACUAAUGCAGACUUGUGGAAGCACCAGAAAGAUGUCUUUUUGAGUGUCUCUUCUAGCAGUUUCCCUCUUGGGAAAGGGAAAAUGGACUUUCCAAACUGGACAAAUGUGGAUACCGGGAAAGGUCCAGCUGGUUCAGUUCCACGCACUGUGGAGCGCAGUGGUGAGGAAAUGGUUGGUGUGCCACCUCUGUUGUCACUGCCGAAAAUCGGGGAGCAAAUGGAUGUCUUCAUCUCACUGGCCUGCCACCCGGGUUACUUUGUCCUCCAGCCUUGGCAGGAGAUGCACAGUUUAGAAGUGCUGAUGGAAGAGAUGCUACUUUACUACAGCAGAGCAGAUGAGAGACGGGUCACGGUGGAAAAGAACAAACUCUAUGCCGCUAAAGUGGAGAACAGGUGGUACAGAGUGUUAAUAAAAGGAGUGCUGGCAAAUGGGCUGGUGUCAGUGUACGAGCUGGACUAUGGAAAACACGAGCUUGUGAGCAUCCAGAAAGUACAACCUCUGCCGGACACAUUCCGAAAACUUCCGUUUCAGGCCAUAACAGCCCAGCUAGCUGGUGUUGACCGGCAGCAGUGGUCUGAGGAAGCAUCAGUAGUAUUCCGGAAUCAUGUGGAGAAGAAAGCUCUGGUAGCACAGCUGAAGGCAGUUGUGGAUGGAGCUAAUCCAUGGGACCGAAAAGUCAUAACCUACUUAGCUGACACUUCUCUACCAGACACAGAUAUAUGGAUUCAUGACCUCAUGACCCAGUACCAUAUGGAGAUUUCAAAAGCUAAUUAAUCGGUUUUUGGAAACUUGAGUACCUUGAGCAAUAAGAAUGUGGUAGUCUUAAAAAAGAAAAAGAAGAAGAACAAAACGUGAACGUUAACAUAGCUGUGACUAAAAAAAAUGUUGGUUGAU